CUUUCCACUCACUCUCUCUCUUCACUCUCUCAACCUCUCUCUCCUUUUGAUCACUUCGGUCCCUUGCUCCACUCCCUCUCUCUUACUCCUACACGGCUCUGUCACUCACUCACACACUCAUACCAGCUCUCCCUGGGCACCAUCUCCACCAUCGGAGAUCCUCAUCGACUCUGCGUUUUGCCGGGUGGACGCACUCCCCACAGUCACCAUUUCCACCCCGGAGAGUUCCACGCUGGCAGCGCAGCCCCUUCCCCGGCUGAGCAUCGGGCGGAAGACCCUGGUGGCAGCUGCUGUGGGGGUCAUGCUGGUCCUGGUUCUGGUGGUCCUAAUCCCUGUGCUGGUCAGCUCUGUUGGCACAGGUGGCGUAGAUGACAGUGCAAGCCACUACGAGAUGCUGGGGACCUGCCGCAUGGUUUGCGACCCCUUCCCCAGCACUGGCACGACGGGCACGGGUGUGCAUGUGGGCACAGACACAGCAACCACAGGCCUCCAGGUGGACGACGAGGCAGAUCUGAGCGAUCACAGCGUCGGCCCGCCGUUGCCAACCUACAGUGCUCAUGGCCCACAAGGCAAACCAGGACGUCCUGGCAAGCCUGGACCCCCAGGACCACCUGGAGAGCCAGGCCCACCAGGACCAAAGGGACCACCGGGAGAUGGUGUGGACAUAGUACGGACUGGGAUAUUAGGUUUAGGGGGUAAAGGGGCAGUUAGCACUACCACCUACAACACCACGCCUCGGGUAGCAUUUUAUGCAGGACUACGAAACCCUCAAGAAGGUUACGAUAUUCUGCGGUUUGAUGACGUGGUGACUAACAUUGGAGGUAACUAUGAGGGCGCAACGGGCAAAUUCACAUGUAAGAUCCCUGGCACCUACUUUUUCAUCUACAAUGUGCUGAUGAGGGGAGGAGAUGGCACCAGCAUGUGGGCUGACCUGAUCAAGAAUGGUCUGGUCAGGGCCAGCGCCAUUGCCCAAGACCAGGACCAGAGUUAUGACUAUGCCAGCAACAGUGUCAUCCUUCAUUUGGAUGCAGGCGAUGAGGUUUUCAUAAAACUGGAUGGGGGCAAAGCUCACGGGGGCAACAGCAACAAAUAUAGCACCUUCUCAGGGUUCAUCCUCUAUGCCGACUGAAGACUGGACAGGACGUGGGCUCAGAGGUGAAAGGUCACAGCCAGAGGACAUUCAGUUCCUGACUUCCACUUGGCUCUCACAGUAAGGUUCAUGUUGCCCAUAGCCACAGAUCCACAACCAGAUUGUUUUUUCCAGAUGUUUAAGAUCAGGACUGACACAGUGUGUAAGGCUGUGCAUCUGUGGCUAUCGGUAACUGCCCACCUCCUCAUCCGUACGUUCUAUUGUAUACAGGGUGCCUACGCCGCUAUUCAGAUGGAUGCGAGCAACAUAACAGUGACAGUCACUGCCAUGUGUCAUGCUGAGGUGCAGUAACAUUUCUGACAGUGCCGAUGCCUCACCAUCAUUUUUGAGCUGUCAUUUCAUAUUCAAGUCUGGAAAUCCAACAGUCGUGGCGGCUGCAGUGUUUGUAAAUGUGCUGUUUAGAUUUAUGUUGAGCUCCUGUUUUCUUAUGCUGUUUGUAUGAUAUGAUGUUGUACUUCAAAGACUGAGGACAGAUUAUUUUGUCAAAAGAAGUUUGUCAAAUACAGGAAGCGAAAAUGAGAUUACGAUUGUUUCGAAUGGCUGACGGUGUCGCAAAAUGUAUUGUGUCUCAAUGUGAUGAAUUGAAAAAUCAUGUCAUAUCAGCCCAUUAUAUUUGGCAUAUUGUUAGUGUAAAUUUGGUAUUGAAUCUUGAUGUCUGAACACAGUCAAAGUAGUGUCAGCGCUGCACAUACAUUCUAUUGUGUGUCUAUUAAAACGAUAUAGCUGUUGAUAGAUAGUUGUACAAUUAUAUCAUGUAAUGCUUAUUAAUGUGCUUAUUUGUAAAGAUUUAUUUAUUUCACUCAUGCAUGCAGCAUCUGUUAAAAUGUUCUGUAUGUUUCCACAAAUGAUAAAGAGAACUACAGUGAUUUUAAACACAGUUUAAAUGACAAAGUGUGGGCUUAAAGAGCAUCUAUCGCUGUUGCUUUUACUCUUAAUGUCCAUGAUUUUUCAUUAAAAUUUUUUUUUUUUUUUUGCA